AAAACCGGCGAGCCCAACCGCACAAUCGCCGCCGGCGCCCACCGGAAGCUGUCAUCCUCCCAAAAAUCUAAACCGCCAAUCGUUUUCGUUUCGGAGUAGAACACACGAGAAUCCGCAGCUCGACGCCGUUGAAUCGGACAGGACACUCUAUCAACAAGACUGAGUCGAAAAAUGCCGAGUUCGAAGGACGAUUCCGCCACCAAUACCGACAGCUCCAGCGACGACAUCCCGGAAUCCAAUUAUAUCGUUUACUCUGUAGGCGAGAAGGUUCUCGCGUAUCACGGCCCUCGUUGCUACGAUGCCAAGGUUCAAAGAGCCGAGCUUCGAAAUAAGGAAUGGAGAUAUUUUGUUCAUUACACGGGUUGGAGCAAGAAGUAAGUUAAACGCAUCCCAUUUCUCUCUUAAAACAUAUUAACUUUCUAGAAUUCAAUGUUUGUCAUUGAGCAGGCAAAGCUGCUUUACCAUGA